AUGCUAAAGUGGAAUUAUUUUUGUUAUCUCACAGUGUGCAAGGACCGUAUGGAAACAAGAACGUGUCAGUAUUUUGUGAGACUGUAUCGCGCCAGAAGCAUUGAUGUCUGCACGUGGAAACAUAUGACAACUAACUGCGCAUUGACUUGCAAGAGUUUGUGGUAAGAUAUCAAAAAAAAAGUAAUAAAAGUAAUUAGGACAAUCGUCGAAGUUGUGUUGAUUAAUAGCUGGGCUCACUGAUAAGCCUCUUAAACUUAAGCCAGUUUCUAAACGGUUCAGGUCAAGAAAAUUAAGUAAUUAACCUUGCCUUAAAAAUAGCAGGUUUUAAUUAAAAAAAAAAAGAAAACGGAAAUGAUUAUCGGGGUAUUUUGGAAAAGUUCUUUUCCGUUACAGGUGUGGCUCUUGGCCCUUCAUUACACCUGCCCCCAGUGGCCUCAGUAAAAUAUUUCGAGAAUUGACCGUGCUAUCAAUUGGCCUUGCGUCAGAUACGUCUUGAUUUUAUAAAAUUCCCUUGCCGGCAAUCGGGCGUGUACUUUCUACCUAAAAACUAGGAAAAAAAAAACCACGUGAGAAGAGAGAGAGAUCAAACUGAAGAUGUAUGUAGGAAGAUAUGGAAUGAUCAUUGCAGGGUAUAUAUAUUUCCAUAAAGUACGCUCUAUAAGCCAAGACUCUCCGUACUCCUGGGAUAAAUUCCUCACUCCAUGCAGAAGGAAUGGGGGAGUGAGGCGCAACCAUCUCUGGGAUCCUUUAGCUUUGGGUCCGAACAAACGUUAUUCACGAGUAGUUAAUGGUUGCUUUCAAUUGAAUACCAUCGACCAGUCAUAAAAACUAACGCUUGUCCACCUGAGCGAUCCCAAACAGCGCUGCACCCAAAGCUUGUACCCAUUCUCCAUAGAGAUUCUGAAGACCCACGUAGCGAAAACUAUUGAACACGUGUGGAGGUAAUAAGAUGCCCAUUUGUGGCUAAUGUAGUUAUCACUUUGCUCAUGGCUACGCUUCUACGUGUUUCAUACAGAACCUAAACCGAGAUGCGCUACAGCAGCCAGCAAAUACGGCUGUUGCUGGGACAACAAAACAGAAGCGCAGUCAUUUAACGGUGAAGGCUGUCCCGGUAAGGAAAAACGUUCAUACGAUUAUCUACAGAAACUAGUACACACUAGUUACAUAACAUCCUCGGAGACCCAGUGGGGUCGGCGUAACCGUUACUUAAUUAAUUAAAAGUUAACUAUUAAAUAGUAGGUAAGUAGCAAUUAAGAAAAGUCGUACACAGUAAAACUCUAAAAAAAGCACUAUAUUUGACCUGUUGUACUUGAAAGGUUCUUUUAAUAAUUAGCCAAAAAAGUUCAGAUUUGUUGGGAUUAGUUUUAGUCUUGUAAAACAUGGUUGGAGCACAUGUAAUGCUUUAUCAGAAAGUGUGCUAAACGUGAUACAGUUUUUCGACACCAGUAAGGGUAAACGUCUGUUACCAAAAUAGAGAGACCUGUGAAACAACAGCAACACAACAACAACAACAACAACAACAACAACAAAAAGGCACUGCAAAUGUCGAAGAUUUUUAGCGCGGAUGAUAAGAUAGAAAUCUAAUACUGGGGUUUCUUUAUUAUGUUAGAUCGAUCGGUUAUUGAAUCUGAAUUGAAAUAUGAUGUUUGGUGUAUUUUUAACAGAAUGUAAAGAUAACUACCCAAGCUAUUGCAAACUUCGCAUUUCAAGAUUUUCCAAAGAAAAAGCCUGCAACGAACGUGGAAGACAAAUGUGCCCGAGAAGUUGUGAAGUUUGCAGUAAGUCAGAGUACCAUUAAACCAUAAAAAAAGUUGGAUAGUUCCUUUCGAUCGCUCUCUCCGGAGAAAUGCAAAAAGAUGAGAACCGGAAAAAGUCUCCUUUCACGGAGGGGAAUACUCGCAGGAAUUCUUUUACCCCCUUGUUCUUCAAAACCUUACCCUGAUGGUUUCUGAUCAUGGUUCUGAGCAGCAGCCUUUGAGUUUUUUUAAUAUAUUUUUUUGAUAAGUUUUACUCAAAGCAGUGUUACCUUUAUCCCCUUCAUAGACUAGCGUAAAUCAGAGGAUUUACUUAUAUAUCAUGACAGUUAAAGUCAAGAGAGAACCUGAAGUACAAAACAUUUACAUUUACCAGCGGACCAAGUGCGUGGUCAUGGGAUUCACGAUCAAAGAAAAACACUCCUAUUUUGUUUACAAUCACUUAUACAAGAGCACUGCUGACUUGUUAACUUCUUAAUUAAUCUUCGCAGAAAUAAAGGCCUCGGCACAAGCCCGGCCAGACUGCCUUGACUCACCAUACGGGUGUUGUUGGGACCUUACAGCUGCCACGGGACCUGAUGGAGCCGGAUGCACAGGUGAAUAGAAAAAUGGUCAAAAAUCAUUCUUAUAUCUGGCACUCCUAACAAGGAUGGUAUUUGUUGCUCUUAAGAGUUUAAGAACUAAAAAGUAAAAACAUAAAACAAAAUGCGGCAGGGGUUAGAGCAGUCAAUUUUUGGUAGAACGCAGAGCGACAACCGAACGCCGAAUGACUCUCAAGUUUGAUCAUUCAUUAAGAAGCAGAAGGAAUCCAGUUUCGGUCAAGUUCGCCAGCUUGUAUAAUGACAAUAAAUGGAACUUAACUCACUCACUUUGCUCCUAUCCCUAAUUUAAUCACUAACCUUCAGGUCAUUCGGCGGUCAAUGACCGAGCAAACACGUUUUUGCCACAAUCACACCAGUGACCAAAAAUCUGUGCCAUCAAAAUGUUUCAACCAAGAUAAAUGUUAGCUGGAAAGUAACCAAGGUCGGUGGAUGUUAGCGUCGAAUUUCAGAUUUUUCAACCUUUAAUUCAAGAUACGUUUUGUUAACUGAAAAGCAUAUUUUACUGAUUCCGUCCUAUUUCUUUUGCAGUUUGUCGAAAUCUGUAUGGAAGAAUGUGUAAUUUGUUUGAAGACUACUGUGAACAAGAAGCAUACAAAUAUGUCAAAGCAAGUGUAGUAGAGAAAUACCGAUACAGCUGCCCAGUGAAGUGCGGGCAGUGUAGAGAGGGUGAAACCAAGUUGGAUGUUGCGACAUUCUUCCUUAAUAGUAAGUACAUCUUAUCCCUUUGCUUAGAAAACAGUCAUAAACACCUCUCAUGAAGGCCGAAUAGCAAGGAAAAAAUAAGGCUCGAGUAUGUUUCAUAGACUUUUCGUUCACUGCAAUCUUCUAAAGCGUACAUAAGCCGAGAAAUAAAGUUUGAUUAUUAAAUUAAAAUAUUUUAAACAUGCCUGGAUGCAGAUUAACAAGCUUCGCAAUUAUUUUUUCCCAUUGUAAACUGGUUUCAAAUCUAUAUUUUUUCGAUCAGGACGGGUAAUAGGGCAGCAAGGGUGGCUGGGUCAGCCAAAAAUGUUUCUGGUUGUCAACUGAGCUCGUCAGGUUCAUCAGAGCCGAUCGCUUAUUGUGCUUUUUUAACUGACAUUUUUAUUUCUCUUCUUCCCAGGACGGUUCUAAAAGGAACAGAUUUUGAUUUAACGUAUCAAAGACUGUUCAAACAAACAAACAAGAGUGUGCGGGCGACCGGCGCUCCAGAAGUAAAAGCCACCAACUGCAUUCAAGAACGAUCCGAA